AUGACUUCAACGCUUCCAUCAACAAUUCCCAAAACCGAGGACGAAAUGUGCGAAGAACGGUACCGUCUGGUGGUGCUGGGUUCUGCGAAAGUGGGAAAAACUAAUAUUAUUCGUCGCUACUUAUAUAAUGAAUUUUCAAGCAAGUAUAAGGAAACGAUUGAGGAUUUACAUUCGAGAGAGUUUCGUAUCCAGGGUGUCCCAUUACCACUAGACAUUUUGGAUACCAACUUCAAUUUUCCCGACAUGAGACGUCUUUCGAUUGCAUCAGCGUCGGCCUUUCUUCUAGUUUUCUCGGUGGACGACGUCACAAGCUUCAAGGAGAUGUCGGAUAUAUGGCAAGAAAUAUGCUCAAGGCGUAGUGAUUUGAAUGAGCUGCCGAUUGUUGUUGUGGGAAACAAAUGCGAUGUUGAAAAUAAGAAGAUAUACGAAGAAACGGCGAAAGCAUUCACAAAUCGCUUAUCGUCCGACGUUCGUUAUAUCGAGGUGUCGGCCAAAGACAAUAUCCGGAUUACCGACGUAUUCCGCACACUGCUCGAAUUAUCCGGUUUCCCACGAUGCAAAGCGGGUGGUGGUCGUCUCGAUGAUGUGGCCGAGGACGAAGAGACCAGGAGCAGCCCAUCGAUCCGUAGAUCGGCAACGGUGCGGGCGAAGUCGACGACUAGGCGGGACCCGAGGAAAACAUUGAUGGAGGAUGAGAAAAACACAGCUUCUACAAAAAACGGCUCACAAUCUGCUCGUGAGCAACCUCAACUUGAUAAGCAGGCUUCUCACCCCGUUCUUGCAGUCCCGCUGCACAUUGGCGAUUUGAAAAGAAACCUUUCUUUAAGAAUGAAGUCACCGCGUAGGGACAAAGAACAAGUCGAGAGGAAGCUGUCGGAUGAGCCUAAAAUUUCACGCAGCUCCAGUCUUAUCCGGAGAACAAAACAUCUAUCUUUGAAAAUGCGUCGUCAUGGAGAAAAGUCAAAUCACGAGGAAAUCGUCGACGAGAGUGAUUGCAAAAUUCAAUAAAUUAUUAUUUUUUUGUAACCAACGAUUUAUCACUGUAUUUAAUUAUAUAUCUUUCUGGGAAGUAAAAUUGUAUUUGGA